AAGUGGAGUUGUCUAUCCUCCAGACAUACAACAGUGAAAUUCCUGUUUCAGCAAAUAUAGCCAUUGUAGUAUCUGCUGUUGACUCUAUUCCUCGCCAUGUCUUCUCACAAGACUUUCAGGAUCAAGCGAUUCCUGGCCAAGGAACAAAAGCAGAAUUGUCUCAUUCCCCAGUGGAUUCGGAUGAAAACUGGUAAUAAAAUCCUGUACAGCCCCAAGAGGAGACACUGGAGAAGAACCAAGCUGGGUCUUUAAGGAGUCACGCAUAAGAUGACACACCUAUUUAUGCUGUAUCAAAGUCACAUGCUCUUACCAUCUCACUCUGUAAACACUGCUAGUAUCUGGGAAACUGGGUGUGUUUUAUGGGGGAAAUGAUUUUUUUUGUUUCUCUGCUUCUGCACCAGUCUGUUUAUUCAGUAAUAUACGUGAAACCUUUUGCAUGAAAAAAAAAGAUGUUACAGAACCACUGGUUAUAUUCUCCAUGUUGCAUUUCCAUCCCAGUGACCAAUGUAUAUUAUGAUUGAGAAUUUGUGCCUCUUUAUCCCCUUCACCAACCCCACUCGCCCACCCCAACCCAUCCCCCAUGGUAAC